GUAAUUUAAACAUGGCCACUACCUAUUAGCCCUACCCACAUUUUGGGGAACUAUGCUUGGAGGCUUGUCAAGUAAAUUGUGGGAUUGAACCUGUAGCUUAUUUUAAACGUAGUUUGCCCUGUAGGAAAGGUACCAAAACAACACAAUCAGUUAUUCUUUUAUUUUAAUUAAAUCCGCAAUGGGCUCUGAAUUGAAUAUGUCCAAAAUCUUAAUUUCACUGACAUUUGCUCUCCCGUUAUUGGCUAUCGUCGGAUUCUACACUGUUCAUGGAUGCAACGAAGCUGUGUGUGCUAGUAUUGUCAGUAAAUGUAUGCUAACACAAUCAUGCAAGUGUGAGUUAAGAAACUGCACAUGUUGCAAGGAGUGCUUUUCGUGUCUUGACUACCUCUAUGCUGAAUGUUGCUCUUGUGUUGAAUUGUGUCCGAAGCCUAACAAUACUGUUAGCGAAUUGAGCAGGAAAUCUCAUGUUGAAGAUCUGACAGAGCCCACACCAGAUUUGUUUGCAGCCUUGACAGAUGAUCGUGAUACUCUGCAACGUUGGCUAACUUUCACUUUCCCUGUUGAUUUGGACAUCAAAAUUUUUAAGAAUAAAGAAAUCAAGUACAAAACAAUCAACUCGGAGCAGGAAGUUAUUCCAUUGAAAGACUUGAUCACUGUGAACUGCACUGUUGCAUACAUGAGUCAGUGUAUGUCCUGGAAUAAAUGCAAAGCUUCUUGCAUCUCUAUGGGUGCAUCAAGCUACAGGUGGUUUCAUGAUGGUUGCUGUGAAUGUGUUGGACACACUUGCAUAAACUACGGUAUCAACGAAAGUCGUUGCCUCGAGUGUCCUGGUGAAGACGAUGAUAACCCAAUUGAAACUGAAGUAUUUGCCGGAGAAGAUUACGAAAACGGAGAAGCUUCUGAAAAAGAUGGGAAAAAAGGAAAGACUGAAGAAAAGGUGGUCGAGAAAAAAAUCGAAGCAACUUCGCCAGUCGAAUAAUCAAAGUCUUGACUUAACUGUUCUGUAUAUGUUAUUAUAUCUUCUUGCAAACAACCGUUUUCGUAUUUUUUACCAUUUGAGUCCGUUCUCUGUCGUCCGGAAAACUUGCUUAUGCCGUCCCUAAUAAAUUUUUUACACGCCA